GCGAUGCCGAAAUGUUCAAAAGAACCGCUGCGGAGCGUCGCACAUACGCGUUUCCACCUUAAACGGAGAGUCUUUGUGGCGCGCGCGCGAGCGAGAUCUCUUCCGUUCCACCUUAAGCGCACGAUGCGAGCCAACGCACGCGUACAGUAGCCGUAGCUAAUGUUUCCGUUCUUCUCCAACACACACACACACUCACACACUCGGUCUGUCUGUGCGCGUGUGUGCUUUCUGCAGGAUUCAAUAAUCAGCUCGUCAACGAAUUAGUUAAAUAAAUAAAGUUUGUUGUUUGUUUUGGGGUGGAUCAUGUCGGAGCCGAGGUACCGCGAGUGGAUCCUGGACACGAUCGACUCGCUGAGGUCGAGAAAAGCGCGACCGGACCUGGAGCGGAUCUGCCGGAUGGUCCGCAGGAGACACGGAUCAGAGCCGGACAGGACGUGCUUGGAGCUGGAGAAACUCAUCCAGGAGCACGCGGUGCUCAAAGUGAACUACAAGGGCUCGGUGUCGUAUCGCAACGCGGCCAAAGUGCAGCGCGGCAGGCGGAGGAGCGAGCAGGCGGCCGGCAAGAAGUCCUCCUCCUCCUCCUCCUCCUCAUCUUCUUCCUCUUCUUCUUGCUCCUCCGCCGCCUGUAACGUCAAGCGAGCUUCUCCGGCGGAGCUGAACAACAGCGACAGCGCGCAGGGUCCCGCCGACGACGACCCGAUGGAGGACAUGGAAGACGAGCUGUCCACCACGGCCGGCAUGGACAGCAGCAUGGACGAGGAGGAGGAGGCCAGUCUGGACGCUCCCUGCAUGCAGAUACAGAGCUCUGCCGACUCGGGUAUCAGCCUGAGUCCUGUCAUUACCGACGCCGAGGCAGAGGUGACCAGAGGCUCGGCCACGCCCUCCAAGAGCGGCUCUUCGUGCCACAGCACCCCGGAGAAGGACCGCGCCGCCGCUCGAGUUUCCCCUGAACGCACACAGACUGCGGCUCAGCGAGACAUAGGCUCCCUGGAGCUGGAAGCGGCGCUGCAGCUGGCAGCCAUCUGUCCCUCGGCCCAGCGGAGCGCGCUGACGCAGGAGGAGGAGCCGAGAGCCGGCGAGAGCGCACUCACUCCCGAUCAGCUGCUGUCCAACCGCACGGCCUCGCCGCACCAGGACGAGGCGGUGGGAUCAGACCACCUCGAGGAGGGUGAGAAGCGCAACAACGUGGAUGACGUCGCUCACUUGCAAGGAACAGAAACGGCCAAGAACGGAGGGAUGAAGAAAAGAGGGUUGUUUAAAGCGGAGGAGAUGGCACAGGACCUGUUACAGUGGAGCGUGGCGGACGUGGUGAGCUACUUCAGCGCCGUGGGGUUUCCUGAGCAGGCUGUGGCUUUCAGGACGCAGGAAAUCGACGGGAAGUCCCUCCUCUUGAUGCAGCGCAGCGACGUGCUGACAGGUCUGUCGAUCAGACUCGGCCCCGCCCUGAAGAUAUACGAGCAUCACGUGAAGGUGCUGCAGAGGAGCCACUUUCAGGAGCACUGCGACGUUUUCUCUUAACCUCGUAGCGCCCGAAAGACUGACGCGGAGCCGAGCGAGGCCGCGGGCACGGGGAGAGAAAGGACUCGACGCGCUCAGCGUUUCUCUCCCACCUCCGCCCGGAUUUCACUUCUCGUCCUCUUCCUCUCGUCACGCUCCUAGUCCAGUUGGCAGGAUUAACGAACACCACUGAGGGGGGGGCGGGGGGCGGCGGGAGAUCCCCUAUCAGAUCUCUCCGGCGGAGGGAAUGGGGAGGGAAGGACAGCGUUUCGUUCAUCAGUAUUGCGUUGUUAAUGUUUUUGUUUUUUUUUUUCUUUCCUUUUCUUAUGAUUUACACUAUGAUCUCAGUAAUAUAUAUUUUUUGUUUGCGAUUAUUAUAUAUUGACAUUUCCUCAUUAAUUGUAAUAUGUAAAGCAGCCAGGUAUAGAGAUGUUAAUGUGGAUAUGUAAAAUUAGGAAAUAAAUUCCAAUUUCAGAAAUCUACACGUGCGGUGCAUAACUUCCUGAAAAGCCGAAAGACAGGGCGGCGUUACCGUGACUACCCCGAACUCGAAUAUUCUCCUGUAACACUAUGUCCCGAAGCGUUUUAUUCCUCUUCUACCGCCACGGUGAUUUAACAACCGUGUCUUUAUUUAUUUAUUUAUUUAUUUAUUUAUUUAUUUAAACAGCUCGUCAUGCUACCGAGAAACUCCUGACACUGGAGACUCCUUCCAUAAUUGUCAAAUCAGCGUCUCCUUACGAAAUACUUCACCGUAUCAGCAAUUACACACGUCUGUUAUUAGUAUCGGAUCACGCCGAGCAUCCUCGUGUACGUCGUUGCUAUAGAAACGAUGAGUAAAUAUAACACAAACCCGUGAUUUGAUUCACUGCCGUUAUAGAAAACGAAUCAACACCUUGCGAGUCCAGCGUAACGCACGAGCGCUGCGAACAUGAUGAUGUUGAAUGAUAUAUUUUGCUCUUCGUGUGUGAACAGUGAUGUCAUUUAUAUUUCACGCCAUUUUGGCGGACGCCCUUAUCCAGAGCGACUUACAUCUAUCUCGUGUAUACGACUGAGCAUUCGAGGGUUAAGGGCCUCGCUCAAGGGCUCAGCAGUGGGAGGGGGAAUUUUUUUGUGAGGGUUUGCUUUCGAAGGUGUAAACGAAAUGUCGAAAAAAAUAAACCACGGGAACGGUGAACGAAAGGAUGCAAUAGUGUAAAUGAGAUAAGGAAUGAUGGAUGGAGACAAGCUGAAAUGCAGCGAGGAGUUUACGGUGACGGUGCGCGUAACCAGGCGACGACGUUCUCUUCCGUUACGCGGCGUGUGAGUACGUCGCGGUACUUGCGUACUCUUUUGCUACACGCUCACAAAUAUGUACUUUUUCCUUCACAAAAAGAAAGAAAAGUGUACAUACGGGCGGUGCACAGCGUGAGUAGGCGAACUGGGACGCAAUAACUUUUCCCUCUGUAGGCUAGGAACCGGAAACGCUGCUGCAGUUCGACUUACCUCUUACUUACGUGGGCGUCUGCGGAUCAGGUGGUAGAGCGGGUUCUAUACUAAUCGUAGGGUCGGCGGUUCGAUUCCCGGCCCACGUGACUCCACAUGCCGGAGCGUCCUUGGGCGAGACGCUGAACUCCGAUGGCAAGGUAGCGCUUUGCGUGGCAGCUCUGCUACCAUUAGUGUGUGUAUGACUCGACAUGUCUUUGGUUGCCAUGACUGCCGGACUCCUCUUAGAUCUUAGAUCCAGACCAAAACAGGCCACGAGAAGGAGAGGGUACAUCAAGUAAGAUAACAACCGUGCUCCAGUUAUCGGUUUACUCUCUCGGCUAAACGGUUGUGUUUAAAUUCAGAGAACUCCCAGUGUUUAGAAAUGACGCCAAUGGCCACGUGAAAGUUAGCAAUUAGUUCGUUUUUUUAUUACGUAAUAAAAAAUUAUAUUCC